AUGGAUAUAAUAACAAAAGAAUUACUCGUGCCAGUAAAAUAUAUAAAAGUAACAGAUGGUAGAAUUUGUUUAACUGUUCACAAAAGCUGGCUGACCAACUUACUUACCAUAGGUCCAAUUUCAUUUAUUAAUCAUGAACGAUUAACAGAUGAUGAAAUUGCAGCUCACCCUAUGCUUGAAGAAUUGGGUUCUGAUUGGAUCAGAAUAUACGUCAGAAAUUAUGAAAAGCAACAUAAAUAUGCUGUUCCACUCCCAAGAGGAAGAAAUAUAAAUAGAAAUACUCAUGCUGAUCUAACAUUCUCACAACUAAUGCACUAUGUUGCAGAAACUAAUUAUCGAAAUUUAUGGAAAGAAUGUUAUAAAAAAUAUUACAGUCCAUGGAAUUGUAUAGAACAUAAAGAUCAAUGUAAUAUAACUGCUAAUAUUAGUGAUAUAUCAAUUAUGCAAGAAAUAUUACAAAAAAUGUAUGGUUGUACUCUAGUACAAAUUCUAAAUGGAUCAGUGGUGUCUGUAUCACCUGGUGUGUCAACCGAAGUGCACUGUAAUCUUCUUCCAAUCAUAUUUGCUGUUGAAACUGCAUCUGCUUUUCUAACAUUACAUGAACAAACUGCAGAAUACUCUCUUCGUGAGUGUGUAACAUAUAGCCCUGCUGCUUUAAGUGCAAGUCAUGGAAAACCAUUGUUUUUGAUAUAUCAAUUAUUACAAUUAUCUAGAGACUUGCAUGAUCGAGGUCUAGUAUUAGGUGAAAUUACUCUUAGUGAUAUUUUACUCAUGGAUAAUUUUACUAUUCAGGUGUUACCAAGAGUAAGUGACAAUAUAUACAUAAAACCUGAAAGUGAGCUUUCAAAAGUUUCUGCUAAUCAAGAAAUGAAAAGAAAAAAUUUUAGUGGAUGUAAAAAAAGUUAUGAUAUAACUUCAUCAAAUUCUAUAUUACAAGGAAAUUCGAAAUUUGGAAUGAAUGAAAAUAUUGAAAAGUUAUGUGAAAUGUGGGUAUAUAAUUGUAUUAGCAACUAUGAUUAUUUGACUGCAUUAAACAAUUUGGCUGGUAGAAGAUAUGGUGAUCCAAGUUGUCAUCAUGUAAUGCCUUGGGUCACAGAUUUCACAUCAAGAUGUGGUAAUAAUUGGAGAGAUUUGACAAAAUCCAAAUUUCGAUUGAACAAGGGUGAUAGACAAUUAGAUUUAACAUUUGAUUCACAGUCAACUGAAGUAGGACAUCAUGUAUCAGAUGUAUUAUCAGAAAUUACAUAUUACGUUUACCUUUCCCGUCGUUAUCAUAAAUCUGUUCUUUGCAAGUAUGUACGACCUCAAUGGGUUCCAGGAGAAUAUCCGGCUUCUAUACAGAGAUUACAUGAUUGGAGUCCAGAUGAAUGUAUACCACAAUUCUUCAAUGACCCUAAUGUUUUUAAGUCAAUUCAUGAAGAUUUACCAGAUUUAAAAAUUCCUGGAUGGGCUACUUCUCCAGAAGAUUUUAUUGAAAGGCACAGGGAAGCUUUAGAAAGCUUUCAUGUUUCCGAAAGAUUACAUCAUUGGAUAGACUUAACUUUUGGUUACAAGUACAUAUUCUUUAUUGUAAUACGUAUUGAUAUAGUUGACAAUCACACCAGUUUAACUAAUUCUGGUGUUGUUCAACUUUUUACACAGCCACAUCCACAAAAAAUUAUUCCUUCCCCUUAUUGGUGUAAGAUUCCACCUCGGUUACGUUCAUCUUUCUUAACAAAUAAGUAUAAAAAUGAUCAAUCUGGAAAUAGAACUAGUGAUGACGAAGGCCAUAGUUCUGAGUUUGAAGAAGAAGAACUACCAACAUCAAUUAUAAGUACAUCAAGAUCAUCACCUUUGGUUUUAAGUCGAUUAUUGAGUCGUUCUCGAGGUUCUUUACUCACUGCUGAAGACAGUAUUAAACAAGAUAAAUCCACAAAUCAGGCAAUAAUUCUUCCGAAAGAUUAUAAUCCUAUUGCGGCUAUUAUGCAGGUGGAAACCAUGCAUACAUUUAUGAAUAAAGUAAGCUCUCAAGUAUACAAACCAGAAAUUGAAUUACAUGAAUUAUCCACAAAUUAUAAACAAAUUGUGGCUAGUGGACGUAUCAAAGAACAACAAAUUCUUGGUUGUCUAAUUGUGGAAAUAUUUUUAUCUAAUAAAUUUCGAGCAACGUGGAAUGUUGAAAAGCUAUCAUUUACAAAAAGACUUGCAACAUGUGUAAACACCUUGAAAAGUGCAGCAGAUAGUUUACCCAAAUGUGUAAGAAAUGCUGUGGCUUUAUUACUUCAAGUUGAUAUUAUAUCAAAAACUUACAAUAUUGAUAAUGUAGAAAUAACUGAUAUGCCUUUUCGUUACCCAACUAUUACACAUAUGGGCCUACCUCCACCAUCUGCCCAUCAAUUUUUACAACCAAUAUUUUCGGGAAGUUUAUUUCCAUUUUCCAAGUACUAUAAAUAUUUGUUUAAUAUUGUAGAAAUGUUACAAGAAUACAAUAGUUUAGUACGUGAAUUAAAUUUUAUAAUGAAAUCUGAAGAUGAUAUAGAUUUUAUAUUUAAAACAAAAAUGAAAUUUCUUUGCAAAAUUAGCGAAUGUAAAGUGAAAGCAAUUGCAAGGGAAUUAGAACAUUUAUUGUUUUAUACUGGAAUUGCAAGAGAAGCAUGUUUAGAAUUAAUAGUGCCACAUAUACAACAAAUAAUGGAAGAACCUUAUAGUGCUGUUUUGGCUGCUUGGUAUUUGUUUGAUCCUAUUGCGAAAGCAUUAGGUCCGAAAGAUGCUGCACGAACAUUUCUUUUACCUAUUAUGAAAUUAUAUGAAAAUGGUUCUUUCAUGGAUAGUUCUUCACAUGCUGAUAUACUUCCUUCAGGAUUAAUAGCAAAAUUUAAAACUACUCGGUUAUAUCAUAGAAAUUUUUUGUUGAAGCUUAUGGUAAGGUUGAGUUUACGACGAUUUUUGGAAAAUUUUAUCGCACCCCUUGUAGAAGCAGUUGGAGGAUAUAGAGACUAUGUACAAGGAUCUUCAUCUUAUGCUCAUAAAACUGCCAAUCUUAAAAGUUGUGAUUUAAGUGGGAUGUGUAAUGAAGGAGAAGGAAUUUUAUCUCCUUUAGAUGAAGAUUUUUCUGCAGAUUCAGAACAUAUUUCCUUAUCACCUGGACCUACAACUAGUGAUCAUGUACAGGAUAUAAAUUCAAUUGAUAAUGAUGUUGAAGAAGUAUUCACAAUGGAAGCAGAAGAAAAUGAUAUUGAUUUACAUGUUGAUUUAAGUUUGAGUCUUAAUGAUGAAUUAAGUGAAGAAGGAAGUAAAAUUUCACCGCUCAAAUCAGUUAAAUCACCGACAAUUCCUAUACCAAAAGCAUCUAAUUCUUCCAAUACAUUUUUAACGGAGUUCAAUAAUAUUGGUUGUAAUGUAGGAAGUAAAACUUCCAAUGAUGAAUUUACUUAUGGUGCAUUUAGCCACUCUACUAAUACUUCUGAGGAAUUAUAUGCUGUAGGACUAGAAGAACAAAAUUCCAUAAUAUUACCAACAGAUGAUACUAAAUCUGAUAUUGUGAUGCGUGAAGAUAUUCAAAUAGACCACACUUGUCAAAAAUCAACAUCUAAUGAGUGUACAACUUCUGAAAUGGGAGCCGAAUCCAUUAUUUGGUUGUCUCAUCGGCUUGGUCCUGUACUUACUGCUCGAUAUUUAUCUCGAAAUUUAUUGAGAAUGCUUACAUUAUGUUACACUGGAAAAGAAAAUUUAACGACGAUCAAUUAUACUUUUCUGUGUAUGGAAGGUAUUCCUUGGAAUAAAAAAGUUUUAAUUGGUGAUCGUAAUGCUACAAAAGUUUUGGAAUGUCUUGCAGCCAUUGCAGGUCUGUAUGGAGAACAAAUUAUAGUACUGCAGUAUUUUGCACACAUGGUAGAACUUUUAGCUCUUUGUAAAAGAAAAUUAACACAAAAUUUGGAAGGAGGACUCAUUUCAUGUUUGACUCUCUUAAAUUAUAUUACAUCAUACCUUAGUGAUGUGGUUUUAAUGGAUGUGCUUCACGAACCAAUUGUGAAAUCAAUACUAUAUCCUACAGUUCGUAUAUUAUCAUCUACGAGAUUUACUUUCCCUAAUGGUGUAGUUGCACGUACUAUAAUGGCAGAAAAAUGUUUGGAAACUUUAUUUAUGUUCAGUUUACGAUUGGGAAGUGUCAUUACAAGAAAUCAUCUUGCUGUACCUAUUCAACGAUUUUUCUUAGCAUUUGAUAAAUCAUUUAAUCAGAAAUUAACUUAAACACAGAUAAACACUAUAACAUAUAGCAACAUAUAUUCAUCUAGGGCAAAAGUUUCGAAUGAAGAUAAUAGAGAUACUGUUGGACUUCAAACAAACUUUAAUGCAGAUGUUGCUGAUUCUUAUUCUCCACCUGUUACAGAAAACAUGGAUGCAUCUGAUCCUCAAAAGAAUAAGGCACUUGAAGAAUUAAAAGCUGUAUUUACAACAGAAUUUGCUCAUAAAACAUAUAUGCUUUUUUAUAAAUGUAUAGACAGUGAAAUAAUGGAACAAAUACUUAAAAAUCAUGAACAUAUACAUGAUUUAUGUCAUAAAUAUGAACAAGAAAUAAAAGUAACUCCCAUUGUUGAUGAUAACAAGUAUAAUAUACCAUACAAUAAUUGUAAUAUAACAGAAAGUAUAGAAUUAACAAAUAAAGUUGCAUCUAAUUUCGGAAAUGUAUCAGUCGUGGGAAAUAGAUUUGCAGUGCAAAAAACUGAUAUUGAAGAUCAUGUUACUUCAGAAAGCACAAUAUUUAAUCGUGAAGCAAGUUGCUCUUCAUCAACUGGAAGGCAAUUACGAGGAAAUUGGUUAGCAUAUUGGGAACAUGAAAUUGGAAGAUCAGAGAAAGAUACAGCAUUUAAUAUAAAACAAAUUAAACUUCAAACUUUUAGUGGUCACACUAAUAGUGUCAGAUGUCUAUAUGUAUUAGAUAAUGAGAAUAGUUUCAUGAGUGGAGGAAGAGAUAAGACUGUAAAAUUGUGGAGUUUAAGAAGUCAGGGGGAUGGAAACACUGUUUCAUCUUGUCAAUACACCUACACUGGACAUAGAAAGACUAUUCUUGCUCUUACAUUCCUAGAAUCUUUAAGAUAUGUAGUUACUUGUGAUGGUACAAUCCAUUGUUGGGAUCCUUUCAUGGGUUCUCUCCUUGGAUAUCCAGAAAGCUCUCGCCCAGUGCCUGUAAAUACACUGACUGCAAGUCCCUCUCCAUCUACAACUUUACUUGUGGGCACAGCUGAUAAUACAUUGAGAGUUAUUGAUUGUAGAACAUUUCAAUAUGUAAAUGAAAUGAAAGUAUCUGUAAAUCCAACAACUUUAAUUAAAUGUAUUGCAGUAGCACCUAGUGGUUAUUGGGUAGCAUUGGGUCAAGCAUCAGGUUUUUUAACAAUUUUAGAUAUUCGUACUGGUUUAAUUAUUGCAUCUUGGAAGGGUCAUGAAUGUGAAAUAUUACAAUUGGAGGCAAUCAAUGAAACAACUAUAAUUAGUUCUUCACUAGACGAAACAAUUGCUGUAUGGAGUGCAUUGGAUGGGAAACUAAAAUUUCAUAUGAAAGGCUCCACGGAACCAGUCCAUUGUAUGUCUGCAUACGAACAAGAAUUAAUAAUAGGGACAACGGCAAAUCGUGUUGGAGUUUACACAUCUAUAGUAGCAACAGCCUCAUUCUCAUCAUCAAAAUUAAAGUCUGACACAUUUAAAGGACUCCUUACCACAAUGGCGGUUCUUCCUCUUAAUCGAUUAUUAUUAUUAGGUGCAGAUAAUGGCGGCAUAACAUUAAUUUGUUAA